CUUUUACUCAAGUAACUUUUAAUAUUAUUUACUUGGAUACAAAUUUCCUUGAGUAUAGAUUUUGAAUCCUCCACCACCUCUGCUUUUUGUAAAAUAGUGUUAUUAUUACUAAAGUUAGAUGAAAAAUUGUACAAUUAUGACAUGUGAACAAAAAUGAAAGCUCUUGACUUUGGUACAAACUGUGCCAUUAUGAAUGAUCUGUUUUCAGGAUGUGGUUAACAGAAGCAGUCCUUAGUAAAGCACAUUUGAAGAGUGCGCCACUCCUACAAACAGCUGAAGAUUCUACAAGAAAAGUGUUACAAACACGAGUACCGGACCACAAGGUGUGAAGAAAUGUCUAAUCAAGAUGCUGCUCCAAAUCAUUUUUUAGGAGCCAAUGAUUCAGGCACCAAUCAAAGCAUCUGCAAAAUACAACCUGAAGAAAGCCAUGCAGCCAUUUUGCCCUGGCUCUAUCUCUCUUUGGCUCUCCUGGGCCUUCCAGCCAAUGGACUGGUGUUGGUGAAUCUCUGGAGAUCAGAAAGGACGCCCACUGUCAUCUUCACUCUCAACAUAAUCUUCUCAGACCUGCUGAUGUGCUGCAGUUUUUUCUUCAGAACAGUUUACCACAGGAAGAACACUGAGUGGCUAUCCGGAACUCCAGUUUGCAAUGCAGUAGAGCUGAUUAUUUACUCUUGCUUCUACAUUAACCUCUAUUGCAACAUGUGCUUUCUUUUAUGGACCAGCAUCAACCGUUAUACAACGGUGGUAAAACCAAGCCACUCAUUGUUUCAGGUGUUCAAACACACCCAGUCUUGUUGGAUCCUUUGCUUUUCUACCUGGCUGGUGAUCUUCAUAGUCGUCGGCACGUGCAUGGGCCUUAAACUGAGCUUACAAAUCAACGGAAGUUGCUUUGACCAAGUUGGCAACAGUUAUAUUCGCUAUCAAAAUAAAUUCCAAACUAUCCACUGCUUAGGCGUGUCAACGUUCUUCUUCAUUUUGUGUUUGAUGUUGGUCAGCUACAGCCGGCUGAUCUUCCAUCUGCAGAAGGUGAGGGUAGGAAGUUUAGUCGGUGCUGGAUUUGGACCUGGAGGAGGUCUAAAGGUUCGCAGGAAGAUCUUGGCUUCAGUCAUAAUGUUUGUACUCUGCUUCUUGCCCUAUCAUGUGCAAAGGAUCAUUUUAAUAACAUCGCAGCAUGAAAACUGCCAGGAAGAGUUCAGGAUAAAAAUGGGCACCAUAUUCAUUGCAGCUCUCAGCUGUUGUCUGCAUCCCCUCCUCCAGCUGGUUUUUCGUUUGCGCUGCUGUCGGGUCAAUCGCAACACCAGGCCUAAACCCAAACCUGAAAUCUCGAAAAGCUUGGACACACAUCAGAUGCAUACUGUGCAGGUAUCGGAAGACAAGAAAAAUGAAGCUGAAUUAAACCACCAACUAAAACCGCCUUGAGGAAUUAAAGAGAAAAAAAAGUUUGCAACGAUCACGCUUCCUGUUAAAAACUAUCUGCAAGCUGUGAAACCCGCUAACCUCUGGGUUAGCAAUGUGCCGUCACAAUCAUCAGUAUGAUUGUGGAUAGAGGCAGAAUUUGUGGCAAAGUUAUAUGAUAUACCACCAUGCUUUUUUUUAAAAGUGGCAUCUAGUAGUUUUGAGCAUACUACUACACUCAGGCUGUAUACUACAACGAACCUUUUCUGUUGUGGAGUGACAUAUUUGUUUUCAUGUGGAAGUAAUCCAGCUACUGUAUUAGUAAGAAUUUGUAACAAUAUUUUUGUACUACUGUAUAUUAUGAAUCUAAUUUUGUUAUCAUGUGAUGCACGCAGGUUCUAUAAAUACAAAAACUAAUCAAUUUUAUUUAAGCCUUUAUUUUGAAUGGCCUUUAAAAUGCAAUGUGUCUAUUUAACCACAAGAGGUCAUGCGAAGAACCUUUUUAAGCUAUCUACUAAAACAGUCCUUGUUUAAUACGGCACAGUGCCAUUUUCUGUAUUCAAACUUACUAAAUUAACUUUUUUUUCAGUAUUUUUGUGUUAAAAUUCAUUUGACUCUAUAUUAAUUAGUUUAGAGUAUUACAUUUUGCAGGCAAACAAUGUAUUCCUUGCCUGGUUAAACCACUCAUUUAACAAUUCAAUAAAAAGACAACAUUUAUGAGCUACUUUGGGAA